GGGAGGGUAAGUCCAAGCUGUGGCCAAAACAUUAUGACCUUUGAGGAGCGCUGCUGAAUUCGGGAAAAACGGGAGUUGCACUCUAAUGUCAAAUUGCCGGUAACAGGCUUGCAAUUGGAGUAAGUAGAAAAUGUCGUGUGCCCCCAACAAAUAGUUGUCAACAACAAACUAGACGCGCCAGAACACCGGUGCUAUAAAAAUCAACGUUCUUACAGAAGGGUGUCCCUUGGCGUUCACCCCAGGAACCUGGACCAGACUCCCAUGUUGAGGGAAUGAGGAGAAGAUUGAAGACUCACACUGAAGCUCUAGAAUCAACGCAACAAAAUCAAAGUACUGUGAAUCAACUUUGGGACUCAAAGAGCAUUUUCACGUGGACAAAAAUGCAAACGGGCCUCCAGAAACGGAGACAAAAGACCGGGACUUUGCCACUCUCCGCCGCCGGACGCAGCGCUUCGAGUCCGGGAUGGUUCGGAGAGCUUCAUACCCGGGCGGCGGCGUUCAGAGCUCCGCGAGGAAACGCGCUUCAGUGCUGGCGGCUCGGCGAGGAGAGAAGCUCCCUGACCGGAUCGAGACGCUCCGGGACCUGACUACUGGUGUCUUGUGCGCCUCCUCCCGCGACUCUCCCCCUCCCACACUCUCCUCCGGUCCCCUCCCACUCGCCUCUUCCAGGGGAGCUCCCUCUCUCCCUCUCUCUCUUCCCCACGGCUGGAGAGUGCUUCUCGGUGAGAGAGGGGAAGCGAGUCAUUUGGUAAGAAGCCUUUUCCUCAGAAGGAGAGGAAGCUGCGCGGCUCCGCUCUCCACUGCAGACCCUCGGACACGGACUGAGCGGGAGAUGAUGCUGACAUCUGACCACAGACGGAACCUCUAUUCCCCACCAGCGUCCAACUUCAUCCUGCUCCAGGAGUGACUUUUCCGCGCAUCCUUCUCUUCCAGUUUGGAUCCUACAACAUGCGCUCCAUUCAUCCCAACGCCCGCCUCCACUUCUAGGAGCGUCUUUCUUCUGGAGUCACUUUUCAGCCCCGGGACCUGCGGAUAUACCUGAGAGCAAGUGCACCCACACACCCACGCACGGAGCUUUGUUCAUGUUUGGGAUCCAAGAGAGCAUCCAGCGGAGCGGCAGCAGCCUGAAAGAGGAGCCGCUGGGAGGCAUGAAUGUCCGGAGCUGGAUGCAAGGGGGCGGCGUGCUGGACGCCAACACAGCCGCCCAGAGUGGAGUGGGUCUGGCCCGGGCUCACUUCGAGAAGCAGCCGCCCUCCAACCUCCGGAAGUCCAACUUUUUCCACUUCGUCCUGGCCCUGUAUGACCGGCAGGGCCAGCCGGUGGAGAUCGAGAGGACCAACUUCGUGGACUUCAUCGAGAAAGAGAAGGAGACCACGGGAGAAAAGACGAAUAACGGCAUUCAUUACCGGCUGCAGCUUCUCUACAGUAAUGGCAUCAGAACAGAGCAGGACUUUUAUGUGCGGCUGAUUGACUCCAUGACUAAGCAGCCCAUCAUCUAUGAAGGCCAAGACAAGAACCCAGAGAUGUGCAGAGUGCUGCUGACACACGAGAUCAUGUGCAGUCGCUGCUGUGACAAGAAGAGCUGCGGGAACCGUAAUGAGACGCCCUCAGACCCUGUUAUCAUCGACAGAUUCUUCCUCAAGUUUUUCCUCAAGUGCAACCAGAACUGUUUAAAGAACGCCGGGAACCCACGAGACAUGAGGAGGUUCCAGGUGGUGGUCUCGACCACAGUGAGCGUGGAAGGUCACGUCCUCUCAGUCUCCGACAACAUGUUCGUCCACAACAACUCCAAACAUGGCCGACGGGCCCGCCGACUGGACCCGGUGGAAGGGACUCCAUCUUACCUCGAGCACGGAGCAGCUCCUUGUAUCAAAGCGAUCAGCCCCAGUGAAGGAUGGACCACGGGAGGGGCGACGGUCAUCAUCAUAGGAGACAACUUCUUCGACGGGCUGCAGGUCAUCUUCGGGACCAUGCUGGUCUGGAGCGAGUUGAUAACGCCUCACGCCAUCCGAGUGCAGACGCCUCCGCGGCACAUCCCCGGGGUCGUGGAGGUCACUCUGUCCUACAAGUCCAAACAGUUCUGCAAGGGAACGCCCGGAAGGUUCAUCUACACAGCGCUGAACGAGCCAACUAUCGACUACGGUUUCCAGAGGCUUCAGAAGGUCAUUCCCCGCCACCCCGGGGACCCCGAGAGACUGCCGAAGGAGGUGAUUUUGAAGCGAGCCGCGGACCUGGUGGAAGCUCUGUACGGGCUGCCUCACAACAACCAGGAGAUCAUCCUGAAACGUGCCGCUGACAUCGCAGAAGCGCUCUACAGCGUCCCCCGGGGUCACACCCAGCUGCCAGGCUCCGCCCACAGCGGCAUGAUGGGGGUCAACUCCUUCACCGGUCAGCUGUCCGUCAACGUCUCCGAGACCACGCAGGCCAAUCAGGGUGAGGCCCUCUCUGCUGACUCGCCGACCGCCGACCUGCCGCCGCUGACGCGCCUCCUGCCUCCAGGUUUCGUGCGCAGCAGCAGCAGCGUGUCGCCGCACGGCUACGUGCCGAGCACCACGCCGCAGCAGAGCAGCUACACCUCGGUGACCAGCACCAUGAACGGCUACGCCAACAACACGGGCAUGACCAACCUGGGCGGCUCGCCCACCUUCCUCAACGGCUCCGCCGCCAACUCGCCGUACGCCAUCGUCCCGUCCAGCCCCACCAUGGCCUCCUCCACCUCCCUCCCCUCCAACUGCUCCUCCUCCUCUGGCGUCUUCUCCUUCUCCCCCGCCAACAUGGUGUCAGCGGCAGUUAAGCAGAAGUCCGCCUUCGCCCCGGUGGUCCGGCCCUCCUCUUCCCCUCCUCCGUCCUGUACCAGCGCCAACGGCAACGGGCUCCAAGAUCAAACAUUUGUGGACUCGAGCAAGUACUCAACAGCCAGCUCCCUACAAGGCCUGGCCUUCACCUGAACUCUCCCAGGAAUGAUCAUCCCUCCCAUGUAAAGGUGUGUGUGUCUAAUUGUGUGUGAGAUAAACCAAGCACACACCCUGGCGUCGGUGCGAGUCCCACCCCGCUCGCGGGGGACGGAGGCGUCCCGACCCAAAACCAAGGAACAAACCCAACUCAGGCCCUUUGUACACAAUCUCAACGGAACAUCAGACUCUGGCAAGAACCAACAGGACUUUGUUCACCUCGAUGCUUUUAUAGUGGAUGGCCAAGGUUCAGACUCAGACACAGGAAGUGGCUUUAUUUUGAAACAAAUCCACUUCCUCUCAUAAGUGUUUUUUUAAUUUUAUUUUUGUGCUUUUGUGAUCUUUGAAUGUUUCACAUGAAGGAUUUUCUAUUUAUGAAGUGUGGUGACGCAUGAAGGCAUUUCAUAUGACGCGGACCCAUUGAUGAUGAAGAUGAAGACGAUGAUGAUGAUGAUGAGGCUGCAGGUCAAACCAAGUCAACACACUCAAGCCAAAACUCACCUUGCCAAACCACAGCACCCUCUUUCCUCGCCAUUCAGUCGGAUUUAGAACAUAUUCGGGACACCAAAUGAAAACCUGCUGACUCAGCAGACGACACUGUCGACCUCACGCUCCUCACAGGACUUUUCAACGCGACUGUUGAUUUGGCCUUUAGACACCAAGUGAUGCUGUUUCAUAGUCGGCACCUGUAAAGUGCCCGCUGACCCUCCUCAACGGAAGCAACUCUGGUGUGGUCAGCUCCAUAUUUACAGUCCGAACCUGAACCUGGAAUCACCGUCCAGCAGGAGACAUGUGGAGUUCUCCUGGUCACAUCUGCUGAGUCAUGACUCGACGCCCCGAACGCUCCGUUCUGGCUCCAUGAUUCAAGUCCAGCCCGAGUUCAUCCUGUCACGAAGCCUGUGAGGAGUGUGGGGCUUCAGGAUUUGACCCGGCAGCAGCUGUUUUCUGUGACCUCACGUCUGUGACUGACAGCUGCUGCCAGGGAAGCCUCCGUCACACAAGUCUUAACUGCCCAGUGGAGUUGGCCAGCGACACCUGGUGGUGCUCUUGACUGACAGCCGAACUACGACGGCCAUGUUAGGUCUCAAAGACUCACUUGAAAGUGUUGAGUUAGAAACAGAACCCCUGACUCCAGCAGAACCUCCAGGAACUCACCUUCGCCAUGUCACUGAAGACCUGUCAACCAUCUGAUGACCUGGUUCUGAAUGAUCCGUCUCGCCGCCAAUCUGUUGUGUUUUGUGUCUCAUUAGUUUAUUGUCAGCCAAAGCCUUAAUUUGUGACGUGGCUUGUGGAGCUCCUCCUGAUCCUCGUCCUCCUGCCGCCGCCGCCCGGGGGUCACGUGUCCUCCUCUGACCACCUCAGCAGCAGCUCUCAGCGCUUCCUCCCACGUAAUAGUGCGGAUGCUAAUGUGGCGUGAUGCUACUUGACUGAGCCAAUCAGAUCGCACUGAUCCGCCAGCCAAACAGACGUCACGUACAGGAGUGAAAAUGAAUAUAAACCUGCGACCGGGUUUACGCAGGUUACAGGCGAGCGUUUAAAAACCAACAGGGGCGACAGUCAAAGAGAGCCUGGAGAGGAGUAGUGCGGCAGCCAAAAUUGUUGUUUUUCAUAAAAAGAUGUUUGAAGGAAGCGUCACGAGCGAGGCUCAGCUGCGAGUCACUGCUCUGACUCGUCGACGUGCGGACGUCGAGGAUGAUCCGCGGAAGGUACGACCAAACCUGAAGGAGUCGCCAUGGUGAAGGACGUCCGUCUGAAGGCACUUAGCGCCACCCUUCUGACCAAUAUGGCGGUGACGUUUGAAAGAAACUGUGAAUGACCCCUUUGUUUUUGUACAUGAUUGUUUUUUGUUCAGAAGCCAUAAGUCACAUGUCGAUCAAGCAACAGCCAUGUUGUGUUUUGUAGAAGAGAAAAGAAAAGCAGGGUUUUUUUUUUAUUUCCUGACAUUAACAUGUUCAUACCUGUCGUCAUGUUUUCUAAUGUUUUCUAUUGGGGGCCUUGAUGCUAACGCCGUUCUCGCUCUGUAUAUUUCCCUUCACGUUUGCCUUCGAGAUGAGCCAACUAUUUAUUUUCCCGUCUGGAGACCACUUGUGUUUGUGUGGCGAGAGCGAGUGCGUGUCAUUGUCACGUGAGUCGUCAAUGGUGGGCGCAUAUAUAUAUAUAUAUAUAUAUGUGUGUGUGUGUACAGUAGGAGGCGAGAGCAGUAGAGCGCAGCCGUACGUACGGUCCUCACACACACACUCACACACACACACACACACACAUUAUCUGCAGUAUGGUGUAGAGGACAAACCUACAGAGGAAACUACUGUAAAGAUGAUUGUGUUGAUUUUUAUCAUUAUUUUUAACUUUGAAGUGUAAGAUAACUUUUGGACUCUCACUAUAUUUAAUUAAAGUUCUUCUCUGUGAAAACUGAGUGGCUGCUUGUCAAUGACGUGUCAAUGGUCUAGUGGCGUUCCACACGGAUGCGGGCGCAGCCUUCUGUCCGUGCUCUGCCUUCAUUUCCUCCGUAUUUCAGUACCAC